UUUUCCAGGCGAGGUGAAAACAACAGCAACAUUUAGAUGCGUGAGAAUGAUGUCGGGGGACAACGUGGUUGAUCAAUGCGCGUAUCAAACUGUUGUGGACAUAGGUGGGCAUGUUUUCAAAGGUCUUUUGUAUGAUCAAGGUCCAAUUGAUAACGAUAACGAGGAUGAUGAUGAAGAUGAAGAAGAGGAUGAUGACGAAGAUCGCGACGGUUGCUACAAUAGCGGUGAUCACGUCCGCUAUCAUCACGGUUCAAUGCAGCAACAACAACAACAUCAACCUAACUUGAACAUGGCUGCACCUCCAGCCGCGCCCACGAAUUGCGAUCCGGUGUCAUCUCCACCUUCUUAUCCUAGCCCUUUUUACCCAUUCAUGCCUGGUAUGCUCUAUUUCCCCUACCCAAAGUCCUAG